AUGGCUUCAGGCAUCGGCAAUCUCAGCACCCUCUUGAAGCGGUGAGUAGCGCUUGCGCCGCGCUCGCUCGCUCGACUUGCCCUAGCUGAGACUUGCAGCUCGCACAUUGCCAGGCUGGAAGCUGCGACGUCUCGUCUCGAGGAUAUUGCAGUCGCUCAAGCCCAAGGAGUCGCUGCGGCCGUGUCAGCUGGACCAUCAGCUGCUGGUCAUUCUGGCGUGGCAGCCUCUGCACCCGCAGCGGCAGCAGCAGCAGCUCCGAUUGAGGAACCUGCAGUCAUCGAGGCAUACAACGAGACUGUCGCUCCUGCGCUGAAGAAGUAUGUGGAUCUGAGCGCCAAGCUUGGCGGCGCGGUGCAUGAGCAAGUGAGUGGGCAGGAGUGCUGUGGGACAUAAGCGCUGCAAGACACCCAGCGAGAAGGAAAGCUGCUCACUCACGGGUGCUUUGCCCAGGCGAAAUGCCUCGCAGCAGGCUUCGAGGCCCAAAAGCACCUCAUUCAUCUUGCUUCGGCAUCAAGAAAGCCUCCUGGUGGCUCUCCCACCACAGGUCCUGGUCCCGGAUUUGUGGCGCUGCUCAAGCCUUUGCAAACAGAACUUAUAGCUACUACAGAAGUGCGGGAUCAGAAGCGUGGUGACAAGGCUCUCUUCAAUCAUCUGUCUACAGUUGCUGAAGGCGCACCUGCCCUGGGCUGGGUCACCAUAGUAAGUGCAAGGUGCAUGAAACUGAUGGCGAGACUUCCAGACUGAUCGGCCUCUGCUGCACCCGACAGGAGCCGAAGCCUGCACCUUAUGUCAUUUCGACGAAGGAAUCCGCAGAGUUCUACUCGAAUCGGGUCAUUAAGGAAUACAAGGAUGAUGCUGACAGGACGCAUGUGGAAUGGACGCGCAGCUUUGUUGCGCUGCUGAGCGCUCUGGCUGCGUACGUCAAAGAGCAUCACACCACUGGGUUGGCGUGGAACCCGAGAGUGAGUCGGCAUCAUAAUCGACACCGCUUUGGAGACAUUCUUGUCGCAAUGCUGAAUGCUGAGCCCCUUGGCUGCAGGGAGGGGAUGCCGCAGCUUUCGCAAGUCCAUCUAGCGCUCCAGCUGCUCCAGCUGCUCCUCCCGCACCUCCUGCACCGCCUUCUGGCGGCCCGCCUCCUCCUCCGCCCCCUCCUCCCGCUGGCUUGCCGUCCGCGCCAGUGGCAGCUGGAGGUAUGGACGCAGUCUUCAGUCAGCUUAAUCAGGGAGAGGGCAUCACAAGCGGAUUGAAGAAGGUGGACAGAAGUCAAAUGACGCACAAAAAUCCAGAGCUACGCGCCAGCGGUGAGUAGACAGAGAGAAAUUGGCGAGCAGCAGGCGGUGGCGGUACUGACAUCACAUUGAUCCACAUCUUGAACAGCCCCUGUCCCAGCUUCUGGAUCGAAGCCCACGCCACCCAAACCGGGCGCGAAACCUGCUUCUUUCAGACAAAAGAAGCCUGCAAGGACGGAGCUUGAGGGCAACAAGUGGUCUGUUGUGAGUUACCUUUCGGCUUACGCGCGGACAGCUCGUCACCAAGAUGGAUCACAGCUGACCGAGCAGGAUCUGCCACGUUUAUUGCCAGGAAAACCACGAGGACAAUAGGGAGGUUGUCAUCGAUGCGACAGAACUGAAUCAGACAGUGAACAUCUUUGGGUGCAAGAACUCUACCAUCCAAAUUCGGGGCAAGAUCAAUGCGGUGUCCAUGGGUAAGUUGGGAAAUCGGAAGGGAGUUUCAGACGCGUGAGAUUGAUCUUUUCACAAUCUCCAAUCAACAGUCUCCUGUCAAAAGACUUCAAUCUUGCUGGAUACUCUGGUGUCGGCACUUGAGAUCACAUCGUCCCCAUCCUUCGCUGUGCAAGUGACCGGUCGCACCCCAACCAUCUUGAUCGACAGCUGCGACUCUGGUCAAAUUUACCUCUCUGCCGAAGGGAGCGAUUCGGAAAUCGUGACUUCGAAGUGCAGCGCUAUCAACGUCAGCGUGCCCGUGGAAGGAGGAGAGGAAGGGGAAUUGAAAGAGUUUGCAUUGCCCGAACAGCUCAGGCAUGGCUUCAAAACCGGAAAGAUUUAUACGGAGGUCGUCGCGCACACUGGUUGA